CGGCCGGCUCCAGUCGAGGUUUUCUUGCUGUUUGUAAUAGUUCGGUGGGGGGUCAAGAUGAGCAGCCCGUGCCUGCUGCGCACUGCCCCCAUAAGCCAACCCCGGCUCAGAGAGGUCAAGAUCAGCCUCAAGUCCAGCAGCAGGGAUGCUGGAGCCGUUCGGAGCAGCAAGGAAGCCGGAAGCCGUCCCUUCACCCCAGCAGAGAAAGAGGCCCAAGUUCGGGUGGGAGUGAGCAGCAGCCGGAGCAGGAGCACCCCCCCGGUCCAUCGUGCCCUCAGAGCCGAGAGCAGGAAGGCAACAAGCAAGCUGCAGGUACAGGAGCACCUCCCUGAGAGGAAUGGCACCGUUCUGCACAUCCCACUUCCCUCCGCGCCCACAGGGUUAUCCCCAUUUUCCUCCUCAUCAUCCUCAUCUUCUUCUUGCACCCCCCGGCGGCCACGGCCCUCUCAAACCCACCCGGACCUGGCCCCCGUCCUUUCUUCAUCCUCUUCUUCCACGUCAGCCAGGAGCAUGAAGCGGGCACGCUGGCUUAGUUAUAGCACCUCCAACAUCUGCUUCAACUCCAUCUUGGAUGGACGCUUCAGGCAGCUGCAAGAUGAGCGUGAGGCCGUUCAAAAGAAGACCUUUACUAAAUGGGUCAACUCCAUCCUUUCCCGAGUUGGCUGUCGCAUCUCUGACCUCUACCUGGACCUGCGCGACGGACGCAUGCUAAUUAAACUGCUGGAGGUUCUGUCUGGAGAACGUCUGCCAAAGCCAACUAGAGGCCGGAUGCGUAUCCACUGUCUGGAAAAUGUGGACAAGGCCUUGCAGUUUCUCAAAGAGCAGAGAGUUCACCUGGAGAACAUGGGGUCCCAUGACAUUGUCGAUGGCAACCACCGCCUCAUCCUCGGGCUCAUCUGGACCAUCAUCCUGCGUUUCCAGAUCCAGGACAUCAUUGUGGAAACAGGCCAGGCAGACCAGAAGGAGACACACUCUGCUAAAGAUGCUCUUCUUCUAUGGUGUCAGAUGAAAACUGCAGGAUACCCAAACAUCAACAUCACAAACUUCACCACCAGCUGGAAGGACGGAAUGGCCUUCAACGCCCUCAUACACAAACACCGGCCAGAUCUGGUGGACUAUACCAAACUGAAGAAGUCCAAUCCAACCCACAACCUGCAGAAUGCUUUUAAUGUAGCGGAACAAAAGCUUGGAGUGACCAAACUGUUAGACCCAGAAGAUGUUUUCACAGAGAACCCAGAUGAAAAAUCCAUCAUCACCUAUGUGGUGGCAUUUUACCACUACUUCUCAAAGAUGAAGCAGCUCGCUGUUGAGGGAAAGCGAGUUGGAAAGGUUCUGGAUCAAGCUAUAGAGACGGAGAAGAUGAUCGAUAAGUAUGAGACGCUGGCUUCAGACUUGCUGACGUGGAUUGAGCAGACCAUCAUCGUGCUGAACAACAGAAAGCUUGCCAACUCUCUUACUGGAGUCCAGCAGCAGCUUCAGGCCUUCAACACAUAUCGGACUGUAGAGAAGCCGCCCAAGUUUCAAGAGAAAGGAAAUCUAGAGGUGCUUCUGUUCACCAUUCAGAGUCGCAUGAGGGCCAAUAACCAAAGGGUCUACACGCCCAAAGAGGGAGCCUUGGUUUCUGACAUCAACAGGGCCUGGGAGCGUCUGGAAAGGGCGGAACACGAGCGGGAACGCGUCCUGAGGGAUGAGCUGAUCCGGCAGGAGAAGCUGGAACAGAUGGCGCGAAGAUUCGACAGGAAGGCAGCCAUGAGGGAGACGUGGCUCCUUGAGAACCAGAGACUGGUGGCUCAGGAUAACUUUGGUUAUGACCUGCCGGCUGUAGAAGCCGCUAAGAAGAAGCAUGAUGCCAUCGAGACGGACAUCGCCGCAUACGAGGAGCGUGUUCAGGCGCUGGUGAACAUCUCUUUGGAGCUGGAGUCUGAGCGUUACCACGACUCCAAACGGAUUGACGUGAGAAAAGACAACAUCCUGAGGCUGUGGGACUACUUGCAGGAGCUUCUCAAGGCUCGAAAAGGACGCUUGGAUAUGAACCUUACCCUGCAGAGGAUCUUCCAGGAGAUGCUCUACAUCAUCAGCUGGAUGGAUGAAAUGAAGGCUCGACUGCUGUCUCCUGACUUUGGGAAACACUUGUUAGAGGUGGAGGACUUACUCCAAAAGCAUGCACUGCUAGAGAACGACAUCGCCUUGCAGGCAGAGAGGGUACAGAGUGCCAGUGCUGCUGCUCUGAAGUUUGCAAAUGGAGAUAGUUAUAAGCCAUGUGAUCCCCAAGUGAUCCGUGACAGGGUGCAGCACCUGGACCUCUGCUAUCAGGACCUCUGUGCCCUGGCUGCACAGAGGAGGGCUCGGUUGGAGCAGUCUCGCCGCUUCUGGAACUUCCUGUGGGAGGUGGCUGAGCUAGAGAGCUGGAUUAGAGAGAAGGAGCAGCUGUUCUCCUCCCUGGAUUAUGGAAAAGACCUUACCAGCGUGCUGGUGCUCCAGAGCAAGCACAGCGCCUUCGAGGAUGAGCUUGGAGCUCGCUGCACCAAUCUGGAACAGAUCUUGGCUGAAGGGGAUAAGAUGAUCCAAGCCAAGCACUUUGGUUCUCCAAAGAUUCAAGAGUGCAUGGAUGACAUCAGGAGGCAGUGGCAGCAGCUGGAGGACUUGGCCACAUUUCGGAAGCAGAACCUUCAGGACACACAGACCUUCUUCCAGUUUCAGGGUGAUGCUGAUGAACUCAAGGCCUGGUUGCUUGAUGCCAAGAGGCAAACGAGCAGUGAUGAUGUAGGCCACGAUGAGUACACGACUCAACGGCUACUGAAAAACCACAACAGCUUAAGAAAUGAAGCCAUUAAGAAUGGAGCUACCAUCGAAAUGCUGUCCAAGCAAGCCAAUGCACUGCCAGAGGAGCUACAAAACACCCCUGACAUUCAGAGGCGUCUCAAAGACGUCAAGGACCUUUACAUGGAGCUCCUGACUCUGGCUGACCUGAGACAGAAGAAGCUGGAUGACACUAUGGCUUUGUACACCAUCUUCAGUGAGACAGACGCUUGUGAGCUCUGGAUGAGCAUGAAGGAGACAUGGCUGGUGGGCUUAGAGGUGCCUGAGAACCUGGAGGAUUUAGAAGUGGUACAAAACAGGUUGAGCGCUCUCGCUCAGGAAAUGGCGAACGUUCAGUCAAGAGUAGAUGACGUCAAUAAAGCUGCAAAACAGCUUGAGGACAGCAGACACCCCCGCACUAAAGAGAUCAAGGAAUGCCAGACACGACUAAAUAAAAGAUGGGAGGCUUUCAAGGCCAUGGUAGAGGACAAGAAAAUGAAAGUGGAUUCUGCUGUCAGUCUACAUAACUAUGGCUUGGAGUGUGAUGAGACAGGAACCUGGAUCAAAGAAAAGACACGAGUGAUCGAGUCCACACAGGAUCUGGGCAAUGACCUGGCAGCUGUCAUUACCAUCCAAAGGAAACUUUUCGGCAUGGAGAGAGAUUUAGCUGCCAUUGAGGCUAAGCUCACCUUCCUUAAAGAAGAGGCGGAACAGCUGGCCCAGGAUCACCCGGAGAAUGCAGAGGAUAUCUUAGCCCGCAGGAGAGAGCUGGACACGGCCUGGGAUAAGCUUAGAAAAACCCUUAAAGACAGGGAAGACUCUCUCGGCGAGGUCAGUAAGUUACAGACCUUCCUCCAAGACAUGGAUGACUUCCAGUCUUGGCUUUUCAAGACUCAGAAAGCUGUGGCAUCUGAGGAGAUGCCCACCUCGCUGCAGGAGGCCGAAGAGCUGCUCGGCCUUCACAACGCUGUGCGAGAAGACAUAAACAACCAUGAAGAGGACUAUCACCGGGUAAGGGACACUGGAGCUCGGGUCAUCCAGGGCCAGGAAGAUGAUCCUCAGUACCAGCAGCUGGACCAGAGACUGAAGGGCCUUGACCGGGGCUGGUAUGAACUUCAGAAGAUCUGGGACAGUCGCAAACAUUUCCUGGACCAGGGUCUGGGCUUCCAGCAGUUCUUGAGGGACUGUAAAGCUGUAGAAGCCAUCCUCAAUAACCAGGAGUAUACUCUGGCUCACAUAGACAAGCCUGACACAUUGGCAGGGGCAGAAAAAGCAUUGAAGAAGCAUGAGAACUUUGUCAGCAUGAUGGAAGCCAACGAAGAUAAGAUUGAUGGUGUCAUGCAGGGCGGACAGCGAGUGGUGGACAGCAACAACCUGUAUUCUGGGAAAGUUCAGGAGAAAAUGGACUCUGUGCAAGACAGGUGGUGUAUUGUUUUGGUUUACAUGAGUUUACCUAUAUGUUAAACUAUAACUAAAUGA